AUGGAUUCAACGAAUCCAUAUACUGAGACCGCCAAUUUUGUUGACCUUCUUACAAGUCAACAAGGUUGUGUCCCUCCUCAAGCCUUUCGUUAUGAUGGUUUCUCGCAUGGUGGGGAGUUCGGAUCAUCACAAGUCCCUGUCUAUAGUACUCACUGUACUGACACUGCAAGCAUCGGUGAACAGACACCAUCAGAGGGACGACAGAGGAAGAAAUGGAGUCUCACCGAGGAUGUUGUGCUUAUUAGCGCAUGGUUGAACACUAGCAAGGACCCUGUUGUAGGCAACGAGCAAAGAGCUGGUGCUUUCUGGAAGCGGAUAGCUGCUUACUUUGCAGCUAGUCCAAAGGUGCAAGGUGGUGAAAAGCGAGAGUCAAUCCAGCGCAAGCAGAGGUGGCAGAAGAUAAAUGAUCUCGUCUCCAAGUUUUAUGGAUCCUAUGAGGCGGCAACAAGACAGAAGACAAGUGGAAUGAAUGAGAAUGAUGUAGUUAAGCUGGCACACGAGAUCUUCCACAAUGAUCACAAGAUGAAAUUCAAUCUUCAACAUGCGUGGGAGGAGCUGCGGUUUGACCAGAAAUGGUGUGAAGUAGCUAGUAGUAAGCUUGAUGGAAGCAGUAAGAAGCGCAAGUGUGACGAUGGGGCUCAGUCCGAAAGCUCUCACGCAACCCCCAAUGAUGGUGAGCAACGUCCUCCUGGUGUUAAGGCAUCAAAACGAGGAAGUGGUAAGAGAACCAAUGAAGACCUCAAGGAUGUCUCAGAGAUAAAGAGCUUGUGGGCAAUUAAGGAGAAAGAUUUGGAAGUGAAAGAAAGAUUGUCCAGGAUAGCCUGCUUGAGACUCUCAUUGCCAAAAAAGAGCCUCUCUCUGACUUUGAAGAAGCUUUAA